CAGAGUACAUAAUAUACUUCAGCAGUUGGUCGUUCGAUUUAGGUAGAGGCCGCUAGUGUAUCUGGGCAUUUUUUAAGGUUUAGUAUUUUAGAACAAUAGACAGAAAGAUACAUUGUAUGUACAGUUUGUACAUAACUUAAGUCUGUGAGGCGUAGAGGGCAGAGCAAAACCUCUGAUUUUUUACACAGUCGGUAAUUCAGAACAUGUGAUACUGAGCCCCAUAAGCUUGCAGUAUCUAUCCUAUACCUCAUCUGUGAUGGUACUUUACCCACGUAUGUGAUUUGAUAAUGUUUUUAAUUAGUUGAUAUUAAAGAUAAAUAAUUAAUAUGAACAUUUUUAUAUUAACUAUCAGCUUGUUGUUGCUUGUUCAAUUUUCGGAAUGUACACUAUCGCCGCCAAAGGGAAAAGCUAAUAAAAAAGGCAAAGGAAAGAUUGACAGUAAGAAAGGUCCGGGCGAUCAAGAUGUUUUUAGUCGAUCAUUAGUAGUGAAGAAUCCUAAACCCCAUGAUAUUAUUCGAGAAUCUGGAACUUAUUUUUCCAAUACAACUAACAGACGAUUUAAAGGAGAGGUUUUAGGAUAUAUCACACCGUGGAAUAACAAUGGACUUGAAAUUUCUAAAACAUUUCAUGGAAAGUUUACAAUGGUAUCGCCUGUCUGGUUGGCAUUUCCAGAAGGCAAUGCUUUUUCAUAUAAAUUAUCGACGCAUGAUAUCCAAAAGAAAUGGUUGAAAGAAAUGAGAGCAGCUAAUAAUGAAGACCACCACGUGAAAAUCUUGCCAAGAGUGCUAUUUGAACAUUGGUCGGUUAAGGAUAUUAUUGGAUUAUACAGUGACACUCGCAAACAAAUUGAGCUAAUUUCUGCUUUUAUCGAUACUGCAGAGGCUUUUCACUUUGAUGGAUAUGUUUUGGAAAUGUGGAACCAAUUUGUCCUGACAGGUGUAGAAGCUCAAAUUGUAGUGUCACUAAUUCAAACAAUUUCUCAAAAGCUCAAGGAAAACAACUUAAAUACAAUUUUAGCUGUACCUCCAUCAAGAGGUCCAAAGGUUCAGUUGUUCAACAAAGAUCAAUUUGAUCAGUUGUCUCCAUAUGUUCAAGCCUUCUCAUUAAUGACUUAUGAUUAUUCGAGCAUUCAGCGACCAGGACCUAAUAGCCCUAUUGAUUGGGCAAGAGAAUGCGUGGAAUUGUUAGUACCUGAAAAGGGUCCUAAACGAGCCCAAAUAUUGUUAGGACUUAAUUUUUAUGGAUACAAUUAUACUCCUGAAGGCGGGGGCGCCAUAUUAGGUUCAGAUUAUCUGAGACUUCUUGAAUCUUCUAAAGGAAAAAUUCAGUGGGAUGACAACAGCAAAGAACACUUUUUUGAAGCAAAGUCAUCAGGGGGCAGUGGAAUUAUCUUUUAUCCCACGUUAUAUUCUAUUCUGCAUCGAUUGGAUCUAGCUGCAGAGUUGGGUACAGGUAUAUCCAUUUGGGAACUUGGUCAGGGAUUACAUUAUUUUUACGAUUUGUUAUAAAUAUUUUUAUACACAUUAGAAAUAUACAUAAAAUUGAAAAAAUACAAUUACAGUUACCAAAUGUUACUAAAAUAGACAGUCUUAAUAAUAAUUUAAAUACCUUAAUAGAUAAAUUCAAAUAUU